AUGACCGACUCCAUCUCUGUCGCUACCUGUGCAAUCUACGCAGUGUUCGCGAUCCCGGUGUUAUAUCUGCUGGUCCGACACGGUCGCUUUGGCCUCUUGGGAUGGCUCUUCCUGUUUUUGUUCUGUACGAUCCGGAUCGUCGGCGGAGCGCUAGCAGUCAAGGACCACUCGAGCAUCGCCGCCAACACCAUUUCAAGUGUUGGUCUUUCUCCUCUUCUUCUAGCUACAGCGGGUCUAUUACACGAGGCGCGAGAGUAUCGAAUUCAACACAUUGAUCAAAAGCUGGAAUGGGUCGCCGUCCUCGCUUACCACAUGCUUGUAGUCGCAGGCGUGGCUCUCACGGCCGCCGGAUCCGUGAAACUUCAACAACACCAGGCGCCAAAUGACAAGGCCGAGAAUAUUGUCAAAGCGGGAAUCUCAAUCUUAGUCGUCGCUUGGGGAGUCCUAGUUGGUUGGACCGGACUGUCUUUCCUCGCCCCUCGCGGGAGAACCUCCCAGCUAGCAAAAGCAGGAACAAUCCUGUUGAGUGCUAUCGCCUUCUCCCUGGUGUUCAUCGGCGUGAGGGUGUUCUACAGUCUGGUAGCUCUAUGCACGCAGAAACGCUCAUUGAACCCAAUCACGGGAUCGCUCACCAUCCGUGUGGUCCUGAGCUUUCUGCCCGAAAUUAUUGUCACCGUGGUUUACAUUCUCGCAGGUUGUCAGACACAGGGCGCAGCACAUCUCGUGAACGAUCGAGAAGAGGCUCAUUCCUCGGACUCUCAAAAGAGACGUGCCGAAGCUUGGAUUUAA